CUCACAUAUACAUUUAAUCACGUGAUUUGAAACCUACGGUGUACUUGAUUAUACAGGUGGACGUUACAGGAUGCCCUUCACAACUCUGAUUUGUGUCCUGUUUGUCUUCUUCAUCAAGUCACAGAUAGAAAGUCUACCCCAGGGCAUUGUAGUCGAUUUUGAUAUAGAGUGCGGAGAAAGUGUAAAUGAUACAGCUAACAUCACAUUUCUGACCGACGUGGAUUACAUCACACCUGUGGCCUUAUGUAAUGGAUCAGAAGUAAUACUGACCCCUAUUGAUGAUUUUCGAUCAACAAUCAAUGCCAGCUACCCAGGAGGACAAGACGUCGGAUGUAUAUUUUUGAGAACUUACGGACCUGGAAUAGAUGUCUACAGCGUGAACAUUGAAGUCGCUCACAACGUAAAUGGUUCUCUUAUUCAAAAUGCUGACGAUGUCUAUUCUUUAACAUGUUCGUUUGGAGAUGAAAUAGAUGGACAUGCUAAUGCAAGGAAAAUCGAUGACAGUCACUUUCCUCCUAAAGCUUUAACUGAUAUAAAAUCAACAAACAUAAGUACUAAUUUGACACUUGAUGUCGUCGACUACAGUGGAGUGUCAUUAACAGGGAAAUUAAUACCACUCGGAAAAACUAUCCGGCUAAAAGGUGAAAUAUCAGCUACAAGUAACGAGACUGCCUUUAGAGCUUUCAGCUGCCAAGCUAUAUCAUACGAUGGAAUUGAGACUUUAAACAUUUUAAUAGGCGGAUGCGGCGAUGGGCUCAUUUUCAAGAAGACUAAUGGUUUUACAACAACAGGAAGUGUUACUUUCAGUCCAUUUUUUAAAGCUUUCAGAAUGCGAGGAAAUCCGUAUAUAAAAUUCCAGUGUCAGUUUACUGCUUGUCAGCAAGAUGGUGGAUGUAAUGGGAGUACCUGUUAUAAAGACGUUCAAAGAUGAUCGGUGAAUGGGAUUGAAAACAAUAAAGUGUAAUGGAAAUUAA